AUGGCUACAAACACAUCUUUCACCAAGCAAACUGGCGGCUUAGAAAUUGCCAAAACCUACUCCUCGCAGAUCGCUCACAAAACGGUCCUCAUAACUGGCGUCUCUGUUGGAGGCAUCGGCGAGGCUACAGCUCGUGCAUUUGCACACGGUGGCGCAUCUUUGAUCAUCGCAACCGCACGAAACAAAGCACGUGUGGAAGAGCUUGCCAGGCAAAUCUCCGCUACGUAUCCGUCUACAAAGUUUCGUUGCGUCGCUCUCGAUCUUUCCUCACUCCAGGAUGUUCGUCGCGCCGCGAACGAAAUAGAAGAGGAUAAAUCGAUUGAAAACAUCGACAUCAUUGUCAACAACGCUGGUAGCCAAUUCGAGAGUGCAGAGCGCGAACUCACAGCGGACGGCGUAGAGGUGCAUCUCGCUACCAAUCACCUGGGCCACUUUCUCUUGGUCAAGCUGCUCCUUCCAAAACUGCUUGCCGCCGCCAGAUUGAAUCCUCCUGGUGCAACCCGCCUAGUUACUCUCAGCAGCGUGGCAUGCCAAUUCAGCCCUUUCCGCUUCAGCGACUGGAACUUUGAUUGCGACAAAGACAUUCCCGCCAGCGAGAGACCAAAUUGGCCUGUACUAAGCAACAUCGUCGGAGUAUCUGAGACUUCAAAGUUCAAUGCCUUCAUUGCUUACGGACAGAGCAAGACCGCCAAUGCUCUCUUCGCCAUUCACUUCAGCAAACUUUUUUCCGAAAAAGGGAUUUUUGCUUUUACGGUCAACCCCGGAGGGGUAAAUAGCACAGCCGCGAAGAAAACCAUCGCAGAGGCGCCGGAAGAACAGAAAGCGACACUCAGAGAGGUACUGUGGAAGACCACUGACCAAGGAAGCUCUACAGUAUUGGUAGCAGCCUCGGAUCCUCAGCUUAGUCCUGCAAACGGUGUGUAUUUAGAAGAUAACCAGCUUGGCCAGCCAGUUUCGUGGGCGGUAGAUGAAAACAAGGCUGAAAUGCUAUGGAAGCUCUCAGAGGAUUUGAUUGCCAAAUCAUCUCCUUAA